UUUCAGAGUAGGAACAAAUAUUUUAGUGGAAUUUUUUUUUGUUGAAGUAGUGCAUGUGUUUAGAUAUUUUUAGUUUAGAUUAGGUUUAUUUAGAAAAAUUGUUUAUACAUUAAAAAAAAGAAACGAAAUAUGGAACAACCAUCUGGAAGUACACAUUCGACAGUUGCAACUACAGUGACAAGUGCGGCGCCAACAGUUGUUAGUAGUGUUCUUAUACCGGCAAAUCCUCAAGAAGAUGCAAAUAUUUCAGUAACCAGCGCAGCAUUGUCCGAAGGACAGAGAUCGCUAUCUGGAGCACCAUCAGCCUCAUCAAGUCCUAUAUUAAGUCCACCGGGAAAGAUAUUUGGACGCAAUGCAAAUGGAACAAUGGUUGCAACAUCCCGACCUAGCAAUGAAGCCGAAGUGCAAUUAUAUAGGGUAUUGCAAAGGGCAAGCUUAUUGGCAUACUAUGACACUCUACUCGAAAUGGGUGGUGAUGAUGUUCAACAAUUGUACGAGGCUGGUGAAGAAGAAUUUUUAGAAAUUAUGGCUUUGGUUGGAAUGGCCUCGAAACCACUGCAUGUAAGGAGGUUGCAGAAGGUUCUACAUGAAUGGGCCAAUAAUCAAGCCUUGUUUCAAUCGACACUGCCUUCUGUUGGAUUUGCCGAAGCCCCACUUCCUACCUACAUUCCAGAGCCAUCCACAUCUCGUCCUAAAUUCACAAUAUCUCCCGGAUUUAAUCCCACACCACUUAUGAGCACAGUACCAACGUCGUCACAAAUCGUCCCCAAUAUCACACCCACUCCUGUAGUAUCCCUAGUAGGUAAUAUCACACCAACCCACACAGGCCUUUCGUCACAAGUUACAUCUAGUUCGCCUCAGCUAACGCCAAUUCUGACAAGUUCACAAGUUGAACGAAUUGCCUUGGUAGCCGCUGAGAUAAUCACUAGAGAAUUACCCCGGGGUGAACCCCGAGGUGAACCCAGAGCGCAAACCUCAAAGAAACGUACCUCUCGAGAGUUAGAACAAGUGAUCGCAAUGAGUGAGAAUGAUCCUCGUCGAAUGGAAGAGAUUCGUAAGUAUUCGGCGAUAUAUGGGCGUUUUGAUUGUAAACGUCGUCCUGAGAAGCCUUUGACAUUGCAUGAAGUCUGUGUCAAUGAGGCGGCAGCUCAGUUGUGUAAACUUAUUCCUGUCCUACUAACUCGUCGCGAUCAACUAUUUCCUCUGGCAAGAUCGGUAGUCAAAGAGGCUGGCUUUGGUCAUUCGGCCAAUAUUGCUAGGUGUGCUUUGGGUCAGCCAGUUCAGAGGACAGACGAAAGCAGUCAGUCAGAAUCUAGUGUUAAAAGAAUGAGACUGUCGUCGACAGACAACAUUACGAAUCCUGAAUUCAAGGAUUCAUUGGAAGAUUCUAGAUACAAUUUAUUUACAAUGUAUCAGAAAUUUGCGAAACCACCAUUUGAUCUUUCUGAUAUAGCGAAAUUUUCACUAACAAAAUCUGAUUUUGAAGACAACGAGAAUGAAGAUUCAAGAUAUUCGUUUAGUAAUUCGAGUACUCCACCCUUGCCGAUGAACGACAGAGAGUUCUUCGAUAGUGGCCGUGAUGACACAAUAAAAUCUCCUCACAAAUCCACUGAUUCUAUAGCCACAUCUCCAUUGGGAGUUCAAGUUAUAGCAGCAUCAGGAGGCCAUAUAAUUGCCGUAGCAAAUCCAGCUCUUGCCAUGAGCCCGGCCUUGAACGAGGCCAUGAAUAAUAUAAAACGAGAAGCAGACUCCCCAGAAAUAUGAUUAGAAUAAUAAUUUGAUUAGACCCAAUGCCCAACAGCCUUAAGUGACUUAUAUAGAAAAUGUACAUAUAAAAAAUAUAUUAGUUUAUACAACUAAAAAAAUUCAAGUGAAGACCUGGAUAGAAGUCAUGGCUUACAGAACAUCUAAAACCACACACAGUGCAAUAGUUUUAUAUAAAGCAAAAGCAAGCAAAACAAUAAACAAACUAUAAAUGACUAUAAGACAAGAUGAACAUUGACUGAAAAUGAGAAAAGUGUUUUAAACAUUAUUUUUUCUUAAAGUAAGUAAAUUAUAUGUUUUAUGUUUCAUUGAUUUUGUUACAAUUUUAAAAUAUUUAAAAAUAAUAAAAUGGGCAACAAACAACAAUAAAGUGCCUCUAGAACAUAAUAUUAAGUCAAAAAAGAAACAAAAAUAACAGUUUUUCUAUGAAAACUAUAAAUAGACUGUGAUGAAUAUA